AUGCUUUCUUGCACAUGUACCACAUAUUGUAUGGACGAUAUCUUGGAGUCUGUCACAGGGGGGCGUGCAUACGUUCAUCGUAUCAAGACAAUUUUAGCUGCACUUGUACCAUGCGACUCCUACACCUCCUGCGCCGGUGCCGGUGACCCCAAGUUCUGCCUGUCCGGCUCGCCACCCCAGACGGCAAAUGCGUGCAAUCCUGCUCCUCGAACACCUUCUCCACCACCCCACCCCAUCAACCACAUGGCACGUCGUGCCACCCUGACUGCUCAACCAGUGCACCGCCUGCUCGCCUGCCCAUCCUCGCCAACGCCGCUGCUGCCCCCACCUGCGCCCGAGCGCAGUUCCUCGACCCCAUCCCGUUGCCCACGACGCGCCCACCGUCAUCACGAACUCGUCCAAGCAGGUGCGGGAGGGCGUAGUUCCACCAUCGACUGGUGCGGGGUGGUGGUGGCGCCUCAAGCGCGCGAUUUUGUGGGGGCGCAGCGCAUCGCUUUUGACGUCACGGCGCAAUAUCCUGCGCAACCCGCCCCGCAUCCAGCCACGGCGCCGUCGGUGGAUGAGGAGGAGGCUGGAAGUGCUGGCAGUUGGUGA